AUUUGAGUUUCUAUCUGAUUUAGAAGAUGUCUGGUGAAUACUUUAACUGGGCAUUAUCGCUUUUUCAGGGACUGAUCAAAGAUGGGAAGUCAGGAGAAUGUGAAACACCUCGAGGAAUGCACUGUUUCCAAUGCAUUAGGAACAUGGGUAUUCUCAGUCCUAGGCGCAUUGGUUGCAAUCCCGGUAGGCAUCAAGCGCAAGUCUCUAGGUCCACUCGUGUUCUUUGGCACAACGGGAACAAUGCUCGACAUCAUCAUUGGUGUAAGUCAAUGUGAGAGAGAGCACGCAGAGCACCAAAUGAAGUUACUCCAAGACUCUCAAAAUGCCACAACAACAACCAACACAGAGACUGAGGAUAACUCUUCCAUGACCUAAUCUUUUUACAUUUUUCUCAAUAAGACUUUGAUGUACUUUGUUGCCACUCACAAGUUAAACUUGUUUCAAGAUAUUGUGAUUUUGCAACCUAAAGCUGAUCAUCUACAUUGUCAUCUCCACCAACAAAUUAAGAGAUAGUCUUGUAGAUGAUGGUGAUGACAAUGGUCUUUUGAUCAUCUAUUAUUAAUAUCUUUUAAGUUUGUGAUCAAAUUUGGUGAUGUAAUAUAUUGCUCUUGAAGAU